AUGCCGCCUCCGGUUCAGACAUACUACAAGCCGAUUCAGGCUCCCAAGAUCGGUGAAAAUGGCUAUGCUGGUUUCAAUCCAGGCAAGGUCGAAAGGCUUCCGAAGGGAUGGAAGAUGUACGAAGACUCUCGACCGCUGCCUUGCGACAUCAUCGUAGAACACGACGUCGGGAUUCAAGUCCGCGACGGUUGCACCCUGUACUGUGACGUAUACCGUCCCGCCACCACAGAGUCGAUUCAGAACGAGGCCGAUCGCGUACCCGCCAUCCUUGCAUGGAGUCCCUACGGAAAGAAGUACAGCGGGAUUGUCUCGAUGAAGCCCAUGCCUUUCGGUCUUGGCGUCCCAAAAGGAGCGAUCAGCGGUCUCGAAAAGUUCGAGGGACCCGAUCCGGCCGAGUACUGUUCUCGGGGCUAUGCCGUGGUCAACGUCGACUCGAGAGGCGGCGGAGAUUCCGAAGGCUACAUCUGCAUCAUGGGCAAACAAGAGGGCGAGGAUGGAUACGAUGUCAUCGAAGAGAUCGCCAAGAAGCCGUGGUGCAGCGGCAGCGUGGCACUUGCUGGCAACAGCCAUCUCGCCAUCUGCCAAUGGUUCAUCGCGGCGGAACAGCCUCCUUCGCUCAAGUGCAUCGCGCCGUGGGAGGCCUGCUCCGAUCUCUUCCGCGAACAAUUCGUCCGAGGCGGGAUCUGGGACUAUGGCUUGUUCGGCUUCAUCGAGAAGACCACGCACCGAAGUCGGUACGGCCUGGAAAAUUUCCCAGAGAUGUAUCGACGCAACCCUCUCUCCAACCCGUAUUGGGAGGACAAGCGUGCGGACUUUUCCAAAAUCAAGAUCCCAGCCUACAUCACCAGCUCCUACUCGGCGCUCGUGCAUACGGUCGGAAGCGUUCGAGGAUUCUUGGAGCUGCCCACCGAUCAGAAGUGGCUUCGAUGGGAUCCCUACCAAGAAUGGUACGAUCUUUGGGCUGUGCAAGAGUCGAUCGACGAUCUUGCCAAGUUCUUUGACCGAUACCUGAAAGGAGUCGACAAUGGCUGGGAGAGGGACACGCCCAAGGUGCGCUUGUCGCUGCUAAAGUACGGCGAAGGCGUCGAGCCAAUCCACUACAUCGAUGCCACCGACUACCCCUUGCCCAAUACGGACUACCGCAAGCUCUAUCUGCAAGAUGACAAGACGCUCUCAACAUCAGCGCCGCAAACCAAAAGCGUCGUCAGCUACGACUCGGAAAGCAGCAAGGAAUUUGCCGGCUUCACCUAUACCUUCGACAAGGAUCAGGCGCUUGCCGGUCUCGUGCGUGCCAACCUGUAUCUGUCAUGCGACGACAUGGACGACAUGGAGGUGUACGUCAUCAUCCGAAAGCUGGACAAGGAUGGCAAGGAGAUGCUCAACCUGAAUCUGCCUUGGUCGUCUGUGCCGGUCAACUCCUUCGAAGAGAUGUCUCCGCGCGAGAUGUCCAACUUGACUGUCUACCUAGGGCCGGUCGGAAUGCUCAAGGCAUCGCAUCGGAGCAUCGACGAGAGCCGAAGCAUGCACGAGCUCUACCCGUUCCAUCCUCACGACCGCGAAGACAAGAUUCAACCGGGCACAGUCGUCGAAGUUCCCAUCUCAAUCUGGCCAAUGGGUAUCCAGUUCGAAAAGGGCGAGUCUCUGAGAGUGCAGGUCUCUGGGCAAAAGGUCAGGAUCCAAGAGUUCGCCCAGGACGGCGACAAGGGCAUCAACAGAGGCAAGCACCACAUUCACCUGUCUAGUGAGCAUCCAAGCCACAUCAUCUUGCCCUUCAUUUAG